UCACGCAGACCCCUCGUAUCUUAACUUCAAGUACAGGGAAAUCCAAAUCGCCAGCCUAUAUUUUCCGCUGAACGUCAACAUUUACCUUAGUAGUUAUCAGAUAUUUAACUGGAACGUAUCCGUAAAUCGUGUUAUAGAAUCACUAUUGCCGCAAUGUACUUCGCUACAAGCAUUAUAAUUGGACUGGCAUUCGGCUCAGCAAUUUUCGCUGCAUUCGUACUGAUUUUGCGGCGAAAAUCAAACUAUAUCUUUGGCAUUUAUCCAGAGAAGGGAAUCUUCUAUCGUCUCAAGUAUCCACUGGCCAAGCAAUUUGUUCGCUAUUGGAGGCGAAAAAUCUUCACCGAACAUGAAAAUGAGUUAAAUUCUGUGGAAUAUUUACAAUCCUUGGAGAAGCCGCAGACUUUAUCCAGUGAUCCUAAGUCGUAUGAUGUGGUGUCAUUCUUUGGAGCUAACGACAAAGGUUACAAGUUUAUGAUAACCAUGGAACGCCGUCGCAGAGGUAUUACGCGGGCUGCCUUUUAUCUAUGGAUUCCAAAUCGCGGACUUCUUUCGUCGCCAAAUCUUCCAGACAUGGAGCACUUUACGACCGAUGGUAACACCGAAAGCGAGGAGUUUGUAGCUAACGGUUUCAAAAUAUAUCCCACGGAAUGCAUGCGUCAAUGGAAAAUUACCUACAAUGGCGCAGUCAAGCAAGGCCACAAACGCUUUGAUUUCAAAUUCGAUGGUAUAUUUGCGUCGCAACUGAAGCACUUUGACUACAAUAGGGAUCUUAGCUCCUCAGUGAUUGCAGAUUCCGUGGCUCGAGAGUCAUGGGAUGAUCAGUUCUUCCACAUGGUUUGGAAUGUUGACAGUAUACUGAAGAAUAGAACUCACUACGAGCAAUCUGGAAAAAUCAACGGGACUUUCCAGCUUGGCGACGAGCCUCAAGUGCAACUUAAUCUGAGCUCAUUCAGGGAUCACAGUGUCGGAACGGAUCGAUGCCUUUCGUCUAUUUACCGAUACGUCUAUUUUGCUCUGUUCCUUGAAGAUGGCACUAAUUUGGUGGUGGGAAUCCUAAGUCAACCAUCGUUUUUCCUAUCUUCUUUGAAGGUUGGAUAUAUUUGCUUGGCCGAGGGCGGUGGUUACGAUCCAAUUACAAGUUGUAACUUCGAGCUUUAUUCCUACGGAGAGAGAGGUUUCCCGCCUAAGCACGAAAACUUUAUUGUUGAGACCAAGGAACGCAGGCAUUUUGUACAAAUCAAAGCGGAAGAAAGUGCUAUUCGUUAUGUUGGAGGGGAUUGGGAGUCCAAGGUCUAUAAUCAAUUUGUUUCGUGUACAGUGAAUGGUGUUAAGGGACAUGGAAUCGCAGAGUACUUGUACAGAAAUAAAACUGGCCGUUCUGAAGCUGUUGCUGAAACCGACCCAAAAUGGUACAAGGAAAUUAAAUCGUUCGAGAGAAGUCUUAGUCAAAGGGAGCUCGCUGAUGAAUGGAGUGGCGUUGUGUGGUAAUCGAUUAAUAAAAAUAAGAUUUCUAUGUAAAUACGGAUAUUUAUUUAUUAAGCUUCUAGAAUUGUCAAUCAAGUUAUCUUUAGGAAAUAUUUAUAAGUCUGUUAGAAUAAGUAUUAAUCAAAAGACUUGAUAUGUAUUAAGUUCGUUUUAAGUUGAAUACAAUUUUAUAGAAAUUUUA